AUGUCUUACGACUACGACUAUGAACCUUGGCGUUGGGGUGAGGUCUUUCUUCCCGAAGUCUCCGCCUUCACCAAGACGAGCCAAGUAGAACCAUCGAUCAUCGUUCCAAAUCAACAGGCGCACACUAGUAGAAAGAAUAUGGCACUGAUAUCACCCCACGCUGAUAUUCCCUGCGCUGCCCUCGGCGUUCGGGGCCUCUUGGAUCGACUCAACACCACACACGGAACGUCACACACCCUGGACACUCCAUCUCUCUCUUCUCUUCUUGAAGACUGCAUUGCAAACAACUACGACUUUGGCACGGCAUAUGGCCGCCUCCGCCCGAUAUUGUGCACCCACAACUGGAGCACUAUACAAGAUGUACUUUGCAGAUGGGAAGAGGAGGAUAGGGAGAUGCGACAAAAAGCGCUCGAUGGUAACCGCAUCGUCAAUCUACCACCUCGACGUGUCUGGGAUCUGUGCAGCAAUCGGCCGAUAUCACAUAAGUGGAUGGAUGCGAAGGAUCGCGCCAAUGUGUGGACACCCAUCAAUGGAUAUAAAUGGCCUGUUCCCAUCCCAAAAGAUGCCAACCUCAACCGUAUCCGCAUUGAGAUGCUCGCUCUUGGAGUGGAGUAUACUUGGUUAGAUGUUCUCUGUUUGAGACAGGUGGGUGGAUCAGAGGAGGACAUGCGCUUGGAAGAGUGGAAGGUGGAUGUGCCCACCAUAGGAGCAGUGUAUCGUGGGGCCGAUGUGGUGUAUUAUUUUAAUGGGCUGGGUCGUCCUUUGAAUUUGAAGGAGGACUGGGAGAGUGAUCGGUCUUGGUUUAGACGUGCAUGGAUACUACAGGAAUUUUGUCAAGAGAGGACGAUCGCUGGGGACACGCCGGAUGGACCACUGCAUGCUGAGUGUAAGGACAGGAAGUAUGAGACUGAGCUACUGACCAGGUUUUGCAAGCAGCUGGAGUCUACGCAUGGUAAUGAAGUGAUAGAGGACAUGCGGAAUCAGGUGUCUACCAAUCUGGUGGACAAAUUUGCGGGUCUGAUAUUUGUCAUGGGGUCCAAGAUGAUACCGGCAUACUAUGAGAGCGAGUCUCUCGAGGACGCAUGGACAGCACUCGUCAAUUCGAUGAAUGCGGAACGUCGGGGCCCGUUGUACCUCUCCAGAACAUGGAGACCAUCGUGGGACCAGGUUAUGACAGAAGCUCUGCCCGCGAAUGCUUACCUGCCGCCUAAUCGACAGUUAAAUUACGAAUUUUCCUGGCAUGACCUCGCACCUACCACGGCACUGGCGCGCCAGGCUCCUAUAACUUCGCCUCAUCCUAAUUCAAAUCCACCUCGUCAGCCUAGUCCUCCACAUGCACCACGUCAGGUCCCCCCUCCCCAGCAACUUGGGAUAUUUCAGUUAUCAGAGAACCUCAAUGCACCCCGAGCUCAUGCAGCAUUUGCUUCAUCUCCUCCUACUCUCAACCAACUCGGCAAAAUGACUCCAGCGAGGAUAUCAGCAUUACCGAUAGACGCUCUCAAAGCGGUACUUCUCAGCAAUCACAUCAACGUUGGGAUGAGCUUUGAGAAGAGCGAUCUCGUCUCGAAAGUGAUUGCCCUCGUUGAGAAUGAGUUAGCUGAUGGACAGGAGGAACAGGAAAGGAUUAGGCAGAAGGGAAUGAUGGAAGAGAGGACAAGGCCAGCUGAAGCUCAGCGGAACUCAGAGGCCGAUGGUAUGACACCAGUUUCUUCUUCACCGCCGACUGCGCCUCCGAAGGCGUCAUCGAUUUUAGCCGAACAGAGUGUCCUGUGUGUCGUAUGCCAAGACGAGGAAGCGAAUAUUAAAAUUGGUUGCGGGCACACUAUGUCUACCACUCGUGAAUGUUCCUUAUGUGACACGAAAGCGAUAUUGGUGGAUGUUUCGGCGCAGAAGUGCAUAAGCCCGAUAGCGAAAUUGAAUGUUAUGGAUCUUACCACCAACGUGACGCGGAUUGGAGAAUUACCUGAGUUUCACGGAGGAUAUGGCGAUAUCUGGAAAGCACGGCUAGUAACAUCAUCGGACAAAAAGAUUAUCGUGGCCGUAAAAACUAACUAUAGCAACGCGCAAACUGCCAAACGCUUGUAUCGAGAGAUCCGAAUCUGGCAAAAAUUAGAUCACCCGAAUGUGCUCCCACUCUUUGGAAUAUGCCACAAUUUUGCCUCCCGUCCCUCCGACAAGCAUGUGGAUCCCAUGGUGGCCACCGGAAUCGUUUGCCCGUGGAUGAUAAAUGGUACCCUUAUGGACUACUUGAAUCUCUGUCAGACAAAAGCAGAGUCUAUAGAGAAAGUUCGCCUCCGACUCCUCGUCGAAGUCUGCUUUGGCUUAACUUACCUCCAUUCAAAAAAUAUAGUUCACGACGAUCUGCAUGGGGGGAAUGUCCUCAUCGACGAUGAUGGACAUGCACGCCUGGCUGAUUUUGGUUUAUCAACUGUUGUUGCUGAGUUUCGCGGAACAUCUACAAGACGUGCUGGUGCGCCUUCACAUCCUUACGGUGCUUUACGAUGGGCUGCUCCAGAACUUGUAUUCCCGGAGGAAGAAGCGGAACCGCAGCUUCUUCCGUCUGCCGACAUCUACUCUGCCGGGGGUUUAAUACUGCAGGCGAGUACCAGUGGCAAAGGCGCUCUUCCUUUCUGA